CGAGCCCGCUACCCGCCGCCACUGGCCCAAGGCCCGAAGGUCCAGCCCAGCCCUCCAGCGGUGUGAGUGACAUGCAGCGGACGUCCUGAUCUUCGACUCGUUUUGGAUAUCCUUCUUCCGACUCAUUUCACUUCCUCCGACCAUAUCACGCUCCGUCCCAUCGCCCUUCACUAUCGCCUGUGUCUUGGAUCUAGAAACAGCCACACCCGUCCCUCAAUCAUGUUCAACUGGGCCAAGCAGACGUUGGCGAAUGUCGCCGGCACCCAGGAGCCCAUCUAUGGCCCUACCGCCAUCAAGUCGGUCGCCCUCGAGGCCGAGAAGACGCCCUUCACCGAGCUGAAGCGCGAGGACCUUGCGUGGCAAGCCAUGGAUUCGACGUCGGUCGAGACAGCGAGCUUCUACCUCAUGGGCGACAACGGCUACGUCGCGCUCGCCCAGGUCAUCUAUAGUAACGUGGCCGGCAUCCGAACCACCUGCCAGUUCAACUGCAAGGUCUUCAGUAAGGACCAGGACAAGCCCCACCUCUGGUGCUCGACGCCCCUCAACAACGUCGAGCUCAGCGACGACAAGAACAACUUCUACGCCGAUGACUGCGCCGUCGAGCUGUCCGACGACGGCACCUACUACACCAUCAAGAGCAUGAACGACGACCGCGCCAUCGUCAACCUCAAGAUCACCCGCACCACGCCGGGCUUCCAGGUCGGCGAGUCCGGCCAGACGCUCUUCGGCACCGACCUCACGAAGCCCUGGGGCUCCAUGCGACACGCCUUCUGGCCCCGCUGCGUCGCCGAGGGCACCAUCUCGGUCAAGGAGGGUCCCAUCGACUUCAAGGGCCGCGCGCUGUUUGCCUACGCCCUCCAGGGCAUGAAGCCCCACCACGCCGCCGCGACCUGGAACUUUGUCGACUACCAGGGCCCCAACUACUCGGCCAUCCUGAUGGAGUUCACCACCCCGCCCUCGUACGGCACCACCUCCGUCGUCGUCGGUGGCAUCGCCAAGGACGGCGAGAUCAUCACCGGUGGCUGCGCCCACGCCGCCGCCCACACUGCCAUCAAGGGUGACAACGAGAACUCCUGGCCCGAGCCCACCGAGGUCAAGUACUCCUGGUCCGGCACCACCAAGGACGGAAAGGCCGUCACGGCUGUCAUUGAGGGUUCUCUCGGCGAGCGCAGCGACCGUGUCGACGUCAUGGCCGAGGUCCCUGGCUUUGUCAAGAAGAUUGUUGGAGCCGCCGCUGGUACCAAGCCCUACAUCUACCAGUACCACCCCAAACUCCCCUUCAAGCUGAAGAUUGGCGACGAGGAGAUUGUCGAGGAGGGCAUCAUCUUCACCGAGGCCACCUUCAUCUCGGACCCAGCGUCCUCGGAGUGAAAAUCGCCUUGAAGGACUACUUUCGAAAGUGUUACAACCGUGUCGCAUUGGGUAAAUACAUAAUCAGGGUCGGCGUUGGAGACGGCUUGGUCACUCGCUUGGUACAAAUGCAUUGAUGCCCUUCUCAUUCUAAUAACUGGCAUCCCCCACAGCGUCGGGGCCCAGAAAACAUACAAAUAUAAUGCCCAUUUUUGUUAGUCGAACCUAAAUACCAUGCUAUCGUGGUCGCUGAGUCCAAUCCAAUCUCUUUUGCGCAAGGG